AUGGGGUCUCUGAAGAGCAAGUUGCGCUCGAAGUGGCUACAAGUAGCACCUGUCACGACAGCGGCAGAAAAGCGCCUGGCCAUGAUCAAGCGCACGAUUGCAGAUGGGGAAGAGAUACCAACUUCACUGAUCCGCCGUUCAUUUGAGAAAGCAAUCCCUGGUGUCCCCAAUGCCCCUUAA